GUGGCAACAUGGAUAUCAACAGGGUUAGCAAUUGAAGAGGCUCAGAUUGCAUUGCUCAUUGAGGUCCGAAGGAUCGGAAGAAGAUCCACCGAGACACAGAGAUUAGACAUUGCCUGUCAAUGGGAUCAGCUCCAAGGCCAGAUAGAUGGAUUUGCUCGGUCUGCUCUAACACAUCUCGGGGAGGGAUUUGAUGUAGAUGAUGAACCUGAGGACUUGGACAUAGACAUUCUAGAUGAUCUCAAUGAUGACCUGGUGGAUUUCACAGAGACAUCUCAUACAUGGACAAACUCUCCCGAGCUCACUGUAAUCCCAUUGCCAUCGAACCUGGGGGUUGAUAGAUGCAGACAAUGCAUGGCAGAGGAUCUGAUUCCCCUGGAGAUGUCACUUCAUGAAGGGCAGGCCAAUGAUGCCCUUCACAAUCUCUGCAUUUACCUUUGCAACAAGGCCAUCCUGUUCCGAACAACCAUUAGGCAGGCCAAAUCCCAGGCCCUGAAAACUCAAGCUUGGUCCCAGGUGACGUCGGUGCAGCAGGCAGUCUCCCUCCAUGCCACCAUAUAUACAAAGACAAGGAAGCAAAUGAUGAAACUUGAGCUGGGGCAAGACCAGCUUCAGAAAUACAAACCCCUGCUUCGCAAGCAACUCAAAAUCAGCACUGCAGUGGGCGACCCAAAUGCCCGAUGGGUCCCGAUCAAUCGUGGAAUGAGGAAUGUGAGUUUCUGCUUGCAUGUCAUAUCCCGCAGUUACCUGACUGGACCCAUGCCAAGUUUACUGAUCCAUUGGCUGAGGGCAAAGGCACUAUGGGAUCAAUGGAGGGAAGAAAUGCUAUUGGUCAAAUUGGAGAUGGAUUGGACAUGUAAGUUCCCUUUGUGGAAAACAACCCAAUGGGGCGACCACAUGCAGGAAUCAUUGGAGAAACGCCUUCCGGGUCAUGGAUGCUAUGCCGGAAGGCAAUCCCAAAUGUAUUCAUUGCUCACACAGGAUGCGCAGGCAGCUUUUCAAGACCUACAAAACGUGUUGAUAGAGGCUGGAGAUGAAUGA